UCACAGGAAAUAUAAUUUCUGUGCUUCUUUUCCUUUCUCCCGCGAAGACUUUCAUUCGAAUAGUGAGUAAAAAAUCAGCAGGAGAUUUCGAAAGCCUCCCGUAUAUAUGUACAUUUUUGAGUACAUCUCUAUGGACAUACUAUGGAAUUAUUAAAGCCCGGGGCAAUGCUCGUCGCCACCGUAAAUGGGUUCGGAGCUGUCGUCGAGCUUGUCUAUAUAACUUUGUUCCUCAUCUUUGCCUCACCACAAACACGGGCUAAGACUGCCAAACUUGUGGUGUUAUUGGACGUGGGAUUCCUCGGAGCCGUAAUGUUGAUUUCAAAGUUUUGGUUGGAAGGUGAUACGAGGAUUCAAAUGAUAGGGGCUCUUGGAGCUUUUGUCAAUAUUCUCAUGUAUGGUUCUCCUCUUGCAGCCCUGAGAGCUGUGAUGGAAACAAGAAGCGUGGAAUAUAUGCCAUUCUUGCUAUCAUUGUGCUCAUUUUUGAACGGAGGAAUUUGGACUAUUUAUGCUGUUCUUGUCAAGGAUCUCUUCCUCCUGGAUCAGCGCAAAAGGAAGGGCAGCACUCUUUUGAGGCCUUCUGCGCAUCCGAAGAAAGCGAAAGCUUCUCAGUCUUCGGAGAAGGAAGCGGUUUCGGAAGUCAUGCCUCCUCCCAAAAAUCUCCUUCACUUCAUGCCCUUGCCAGGGCAGAAGUUGAAGAGUGUGGUGGUUGCGGAACCGCCGCCCGUGGACCAACCGUUGGCUGAGGAAGAUACCAUCCCCUCUCCGCUGAAGCCGUCUGCUGCUUUAGGGAUCGAGAUCCAGGAUAUAACCAAGGUGAUGGAGGCAAUUGAAGCCGACCUUGUUCCUGGCUCGGAUAUCUUUGUUGUCCAUAUCAAUUUUGGUAACUUCUUCUUUAUUGCGGUAAACAUGAAUUUUUCUUAUAUAUUUUACAAUACUAUUGAUGGUUUUGAUGAUUUUCAGGACAAAUGA